UCUCGAUGCUUAUGUCGUUGUCUGUGGCCAGCGGAAGCUCCUCUUCGCUCCGCCCUGCGUCCGCUCUUCGUGCGCGCGCUCUGUCGGCGGAAGGACUCGAGUUUCUUGAAGGCGCAGGAGGCUAGGCUUGCAGUCUGAUCGUUCGACGAGGAGGAGCAGCGGCUGUGCUGUGGGUUUGGCGUGCAGCUUCUGGAGUGGAAUCGAUCGGCCUCUGGAGCUCGUCCGCCGGAUCAUUUUUUUUGCUUCUGAGUGUUUAGUUCGUGGAUGAGCCGAGGUUUUGUUCGCGACGACUUCCCCCUGUGGCAGUGCUGCGUGAGUAGCCGGGAGUAGGUGGCUUUGGUUUCUAGGUUGCAGAGGUGUUCUAUACGAGGCUAGGUGUUGUGCGUGGGUGCUGGUGGCGGUAUUGGUCCAUCGAGGUGCGCUUGAGCUCGUUGUCGAUUCGUGCUCUGGAUGCGAGUUGGAGGCGAGUUGGAGGCCCUGAAUGACGUCUAUCGGCAGGUUUAAUUUCUUGUCUCCCUUGGAGCUCAAGCAGGAAGCCAUUCUGUAGUGCCAGCUGCUUUUGGGGGCGGGAAACUCUCUGUUUUCGACCAUCUUCUGGAAAGAGGAGUGCAGCUCCUGCAGGGUUUUUUUUUUCGCUUUCUUGCGUCGUCCGGUUUUUUUUCAUCGAGUCCAGCUGGAAAGCGCAGUCAAGAGGAGAAUUGGGUCUGCUUUUGCGUUGUUACACAUUGGGGCCUCUCGAGAACGAACCUUGGCAUCAGGGCGCCUCAUAGCUGCGUAAGCUGUGAUAGCCUGGUGACAAUGGGUAAGCCUGCUCAGUACGAGGGUGCGACCAUAGACGGUUAUCAACAGCAACAAUGUGGUCCAAGAUCUGCUCUUGAGAUAUGGAGAUCCCCAACAGGGGGAUCCACUCCUCUUGUGGAGGAAGCAACUUGCCAUAGCAACGACUUUUCUUUCGUUGUAGCGCCCAUACCUGUGGAGGAUGUCCAGGAAGAAUGGUCCAAUGUCAGCGGCCUGGAACCUGCACAGAUUCAUUCACUUCAGGCAUUGGCUGCGAAAGGAAUAUAUUGGGAACAUCCCGACCAUGUCGUUCACGCCGUCUUUAGCUUGCAUCAUGGUGGGGAUGUGGAGGCAGAUGGCAACUGUUUGUUCACCGCGUCGCAGAAAGCCAUGAGACUUGAGGAAUCGCCAUUGGAAGUACGCCUGCGCACGGUGAGGAGAUUUUUGGAAGAUUACGAAAAUGACCUCUACAACCAAGAGCAGUUGAAUGCCACGAUCAGGCACCUGUACGCUCCCAAUCUGAGCGUUGGUUGGGGUGUCCAUUGGUAUCAAGAGCUGAAGUUUUUAGCCAAGAAAGAAGAUAGGGAGUCUUUGGACUGCUCUAUUGCCGAACUGGUGGGCGUCGGAAUGCCCAGGGAUCAAGCCGCAGAGUCGAUAUAUAAAGAACGUUGCAUUCCCGUGGAUGAUGCUGAAAGCUGGGCGAAGUAUAUGUCCAUUGCAGGUACUGGCAAUGAAGAAUACGAUAUUAUUACUCUAUCAUACCUCAAGGAUGGCUUAAUGAGCGUUGAUGACAACAGAGAAGGUCGGGCAGCUGCCUUCGGAGAUGAUAUCGCGAUUGAAUGUCUUGCAAACGAGUUUGAGCGGGAGAUUUUUGUGGUUCAAGCUCAUGGUUCUGACGCAAUGGUGGACGAAAGUGACAACAACAACAUCUUUUACCUCCCUCAUCGCCCUCGUAGCGUCAGUUCUAUACGAUAUCCGCCGAUGUUUCUGUUCAUGAAGGGAACUGGUUGGUGUGGAGCCGGUGGGGAUCAUUACGAGCCCAUAGUAGCGCGACUUGCACCCUGCCAAGUGAAGGAGAAAGCAGCUGCAACGCUGUGAGAACAUAGCCACAUGUACUGCUCGUUGUAGGGUGGUUGUACAGUUACAUCCUGAUCGUACUAUAUAUCCAUUCUUUCGGGCACAUACUCUUUAGCCCCAACUUGAGGCAAGGAGGAAGAGUACCUCAUCAUGUUUUGCUAGUCUCUAGUUAGUUGUGUAGUAUUAUACUACCGGCAUUCGAUGAGCAUCGCAAUGUUCUCCUCAGCCCCUCCACUCCGUUAUUCACGCAUCAGUCUGCUAACGCCACCAAACUUACGAGGAGCAACUGCCAAUGUGGAGUUCCCGUUGACAAGUUUAUAGGUUUUGAUUCUUCUUUUAUCAGGUUAGUUGGACGAUGUUACAAGGAUUAUCGAACCCUCCACAUUUUUCCUUUGCCUCCUCUUUUAUACUCAGCUUCCCUCCAUAGUUACUUGGGCCGCUCUGGAUGGAGAUGCUCCGAAGGAUAUUCAUAGUGCAUGAGUCCGCACCCCUCUACUUAGUAUAUCUCUUAGCAUCUCAGUAGCUUGUUAGUGGAGUUGUGCAAUGAGUCAAAGUACGUAAGGGGUAUUGUAUUCACCCCUUGGUUUACCCCUUGAGAAGGUAGCCGACAUUUGCCAGUCAUUUAAGGUAGGGACGGUAGAUUUACAUCUUUGUGAGCGUUUCACUUUGUAAUUUUUAGAAUACAAAGGAGGCAUAGAUGAUUUCAUAAACCGGGGUUGUAGGUUGAUUUUUCCAUCAUCUGCAGGAACACUGGGUACUCAUAAUUAGUACCCCAUAUUGUUCUGCGGCCAAUAACCUUCCUUCCGACAAUUUUGUUCCGAAUAAAGAUGCAAAAGGUGCAGUGAGGGCGGGUUGCACGCCCUCUAUUGUGACUUGUUCCGAGUGUUCCUUUGCGAAUAUGUUUUUAUGACGUCUUUUAAUUGAGCUCUGCUACUUUGAUUGGUAGGCCCUGCUAAGAAAUCGAAUAGUGGUCCCGUUGUCGUGGUCCUACGAACGGGUUCUAGAGAAAUUCUUUGCUCUUUGUCCAGUCUAUUUAGUCCGUGCUUGAAGUACUUUUAAUUGCAAGACAAGAGAAGCAAUGACCUCUAGACAUUUGCGUUGACAACGGAAAUUCGAAAUGUGAUCAUCAAGUAUAUCCUGUAGUCCUAGUGUUGCUUUAAACGAUCUAAUCCUAGUCAAGCUAGAGAUUCAUAGUCCAUACAAAUCAAAAGUUCGGCAGGUUCGAUUUCCUUUUCAC